AUGGCGGCAGGCAGUUACGGCAAGUGGAUGCGGGGGAUUUAUUUCUUUAUUAUAACAGCUUUAUAUACGACACAUUCUCUUCAUCAUCCCCAUCUAUGUUCGCAUCGUCAUCCUACACCCGACCAGAAUAUUUUGUCUUUUUAUAAAAUUAAACAGAAUAACUUAAAAGAACUGCUCAGAAUAUUCUCCAUUCAACAUGUUCAUCUAGAACCAGUUCAUAUUGUGCGUAAAAGAAGUAUAACUCAACCAUUAAGAAUAAAAAUUUUUUAUGAUAAAAGUGUUCACAGGCUUCCAAAAGAAAAGUUUCAAGUUAUAAAUACCACCGUCCUGCCUGAGGCUAUUAAAUAUUGGGAGGUAGCCCUAAGAGUUAGAUCAACAAAUGUACCUAUUAGACUCAACAGGAAAUGUCCCAAUAAUAAAGUUUUUGUUCCUGAUAAAAGUCUACAACAACAACACUGCAUAGAUCGUUGUGAAAAUGUCACUACUUGUGGAGAAGUUGUUGUUCCAGAAGAACAUUUAGAGCCUUGUAGAGUUUGCAGCUCUGGUGGUCAUUUUUGCAAAACUUUAGGGGAUCCAAGAGUGCCAGGUGUUAUAGAUGCAGAUUUUGUGUUCUAUGUGUCUGCCAUGCAAACUGAAAGAUGUCAGAAAGGUCAAACUGUAGCAUAUGCUGCACAUUGUCAGCAAGAGGCUGCAUUAGACAGGCCAAUUGCUGGACAUGCAAAUCUUUGUCCUAAUUCUCUGUCUACAAAACCCCAGGAUUUAGAAACACUCUCUCAAUAAUUGUAUUUUUUUAAAUACAACAUAUGAAAAAAUGCUUUUUUGAAACUGUUAUAUGUAAGUUUUAUUAGAAAUUUUUCACUUAUAACAUUUAAAUUGGAUAAUAAUAAAAAAAAAUUAUAAUCUAAUAUUCUGAUUAUUAUUAGUGUUCAGGCUCAUCAAUGGAGUGAGAGAGUUAUAAGAAAAGUGGAAAGAAAAUGGAAAGUUCGUGGAACUACAAUAAAAAAAACUGUACAUAUGAUUGUUACACCAAGAGUUGUUGAAGAAGUUAGAAGACAGUUUAAUUGUUCAUUUCUUGAAGGAGCUGAAUUGGAGGAUCAAGGUGGUGAUGGAACUGUACUUACUCAUUGGGAAAAGCGACUUUUUGAGAAUGAAGCUAUGACUGGAACACAUACUCAAAAUCCAGUAUAUUCAAGGAUAACAUUAGCUUUGAUGGAAGAUACUGGAUGGUAUUUACCAAAUUAUGACAUGUCACAACCUCUAAAAUGGGGACAUAAUUUGGGUUGUAAUUUUGCUAUGAAAAGUUGUAAAGAGUGGAUUGAUACUAGACGAUCAAGAGGAGAAAGCAUACAUCCUUACUGUGAUAAAGUGAAAAGAGAUCCUUUAGAAACAGAAUGUACAGAUAAUAGAGAUUCUGUGGCUUUGUGCAAUUUGGUGGAACAUGAUCAAGAGUUAGAUCCUAAUUUUCAAAAUUUUGAUUCUAUUCCUGGAGUGCCUUAUGCAGAUGUUGGAAGAUAUGGAGGUUCAGUAACUUUGGCAGAUUAUUGUCCAUAUAUUCAAGAAUUUACAUGGAAAUCAAAUGAUAUAAUUGUUCGUGGUUCACAAUGCCGAUUUCCACAAAAUAAUCCACAUCCAGAAAAGAAUUUUGCUCUUGAAUAUUAUGGAUCUGGAUCCAAAUGUUUCAACCAUAAUAAAGUUAUGUGGGAGGAAAGAACUUGUUUUCAUGUUAGACAAUGGCAACAUUGGGGAAGUGGCUGUUAUAAGUAUCACUGUAAAGACGGACGUCUCCAUAUCGAAGUAGCCAAUAACACUUACACGUGUUUUUACGAAUCUCAACAGUUAAAGAUUCAGCUUCUUUACCAGAACUGGUUGCACAUAGGAACCAUCGUCUGCCCAUCUUGUUCGCAGAUAUGCAACGAAAUAGGCAUGGAAUGCGAACCAGACGCUGGAAAAUCCUAUUACCUUUCGGCAGCCAAAAACUAUCCCAAAGACAUUUUAGUGUGCAGUUCUUGUCCAUCGAAUCGUUCUUGGCUGCACACGAUACAUUUAUUGACGAUUUUAAUUUCACAAAGGAUACUAGACGUUAGGUGAGAGGCAGUUAAUAGUAGUCUUUCAAAUUGAUGAAUUACCGGUUCGAAGGUACCGCCCACCAUCCACUCAUUCCCCAUGAACUUGAAAUUCGG